AUGGCGAAAACCUCUAGGAAAGCGGGUCAGACGGGGCAGACAUCUGAGAGUAUGCCAAAUCAACCUCCUCCACAAAGUGUAGCAGAGGACGAGCCACAGGUGGAACUGGAAGAAGAGGACUUGCGAACAACUUUGAUAAGAGACACCACAAUUGCUUUAGAAGCAGCUAGUCAGUUGGCUCGAGGACAACCUACACCAGCCUCUCAACCAGAUCACCCACCAAGCUCUCACCCUCAACAAAAUCUGCAGUCAGAGCAUCCCAAGUAUCAUCACAAUCCAUCACACCCAUGGAGUCCUCAAAGACCAGAGCAACCUCCCACUGCUCAGCAUGAAAGACCAACCCAAAAUCCUGACAGAAACAACAAGCAACAACCACCCUCUUGA